AUGAAGCCAGUGGUGAUCAGACUCUCCCUACAGAGACCUCUACAGCACAGAGAUCCAGCCAUGGCACCUACAAUCACUACAGCUAUAACCUACUCUAAGGAGCCACAUACUCUGACCCACAAGCUAAGAAAACCACUGGUGGAGAAGUUUCGCAGAGAGCGCAUCAACAGCUGCAUUGAGCAGCUCAAGUCUCUUCUGGGUUCAGAGUUUCUGAAACAACAGCCCGACUCCAAGCUGGAGAAAGCAGACAUCCUGGAGAUGACGGUUUGCUUCAUGAGACAACAGCUGCAGUAUAAAUCCUCCUCCUGCUCAGCAUCUGCCAGCCAGGGUUACUCCAGGUGUUUCCAUGAGAUGGUGCACUUCCUGUCCAAGGAUGAGACGAAGACACAGUCCCACCAUAGACUGCUGAACCACUUCCAGAGCCCGCAGGUGUCCUCUGAAGAGAAAAUAAGUGAGAAGGACCAUCUUCUUCUGGGCACCACGGUCCAUCCCAGCACCACAACAGAGAAGGGUGUGGAGGGCAGUGCCCUGUGGCGGCCCUGGUAG